GACUAAAGGGCUUCUCUUGUUUGAUAGAUUAGGUAGUUGUGUUAUUAGAAUUCCAACACGUAGCAAGUUUGCAUCAACUGAAACUGCUGGUGCUACAACAUACUGUACUUGUUACUGGAAGAGGUGCAAGCAUGUGAAUGUGGAUGCACUCGAAGUAGAAGGAGGAGGAUGGAGUGGUCCAUCAAGUGAUAAUUCACUGAAAGCAAAUGCAAAAUUAAAACGCAGUGACCCAGUCAUUAAUUGUAGCAGCACACACUUGAAUAUGAAUGGUCAAAGAACUCUACUGUAG